UCUUGAUCCUCUUCUCACUGGGUCUUGGGUGGGAAGGGGGCAGUGGGAAUGAGGGACACGAUUUCAACUCUGCUGCCCCCUGUGGCUCUCCCGGGAGAGUUAGCCACCCUGGGUCAGGCCACAAGGACUGGAGAGGAGGCGGGACAAAGCGACAGCAGCAGUCUGCUGGAUCCACCCGGACGUGCUAUCCGGGGUCUCUCAGCCUGUAAGGCCGCAAGGUCGCUCUGGGUCCUUCCGCGCCCCUGGCGAGUUGUCGGGGUCCAGGCAGCGGCGGGGCACGCCCGCCGAGCGUUUCCGGGAGGAGCGGCCCGCCUGCGGCAGGUGCGGCAGCGAGGCUAGCAGCACCUACCAGAGCCAAGCCUUGCUCCUAUGGCCAGCCCUAAACAGCCUGGGGCUGGGGAGGGCCAGGAGGAAGAGGAGGCAAAGGGAGUCUCAGCAGGGCAUCGAGCAGAGGUGCUACAACAGGCUCAGGAGCUCUUUCUACUGUGUGACAAGGAUGCCAAGGGCUUCAUCACUCGGCAGGAUUUGCAGGGCCUGCAGAGUGAUCUUCCCCUUACACCUGAGCAGCUGGAGGCUGUGUUUGAAAGUCUGGACCAGGCCCACACUGGAUUCCUCACAGCCCGGGAGUUCUGCCUAGGCCUGGGGAAGUUUGUGGGGGUGGAGUCGGCCCAAGGUGGGUCCCCCUUGAGGACUCCUGAGGAAACCUUUGAGUCAGGCACAGGGGGCUCUCUGGAGGAGGAGGACGAUGUUGAGAUAUUCUGCACUUCCUUGGAGAAGCUGGGAGUGGCUCGGGUCCUGGGCGAGCAACGGGCUGUGAGGACACUCUGGGUCCGGCUGCAGCGCGAGCGACCGGAGCUAUUGGGCUCUCUGGAGGAAGUUCUGAUGCGCGCGUCAGCCUGCCUGGAGGCGGCGGCCAGGGAGCGCGAUGGUCUUGAGCAGGCCCUGCGGCGGCGGGAGAGUGAACACGAGAGGGAGGUGCGCGGACUGUACGAGGAGCUGGAGCAGCAGCUGGGGGAGCUGCGACACCGACACCGCGGGCAGUGCCAGAACCUACCCCGGGAGGAACAGAGGGGCCACCUGGAGCUGGAGCUGCAGACCCGCGAGCAGGAGUUAGAGCGAGCAGGCCUGCGGCAGCGGGAGCUGGAACAGCAGCUGCAGGCCCGGGCUGCGGAACAGCUAGAGGCGCAGGCCCACCACAGCCAGCUGCAGAGGGCCUAUGAGGCCAUCCGGGCACAGCUGGACCAGGCGCAAGAGCAGCUCAGCCGCCUAGAGGGCGAAGCACAGGGUCGUCAGGAGCAAACCCAGAGAGAUGUGGUUGCUGUCUCCAGGAACAUGCAGAAAGAGAAACUCAGCCUCCUAAGGCAGCUGGAGCUACUGAGGGAGCUGAAUCUGCGGCUUCGAGAUGAGAGGGAUGCCUGUGAGACUAAGCUGCUGGGCAGUAGCCACAGGCAGACUCUAGCUAUUACCCACAAGCCUGGGCCCACGUACUGCUGCUGCUGCUGUGGCUGGACUCGGCCCCCAAGACGAGGCUCUGGUCAGCUUCCUAGUGCCCGAUGACCAGCCCCGAAUGACUCAUUGGGUCUUCCUUAUCUAGAGGACUGGAAGGGGACUGCUCUUGGUUGCUUGCUAAGUAUGUGGUGCUACCCAGAAAGCAUCACCUGCUCGAAGGAACUAACCUCAGGGUGGUCAAGGUCUUCAUCUUUGUUUAUCAGACUAAUAAAUGCCGCUGACCACUGUG